UUCUUCUUUUCAUAAAAUAAAAGCAUCUCUCAGUGUGUAACAUUAUAAUAUUUAGAUGUGUUCCUGUGUGUUUCUAACCAGGAGCUGGAACACAAAGUCAUCACUCUGAUAAAGAAUGAGCUGAAGAGGUUUAGGAAGCUCCUGAGUCCAGAUUACCCAGCAUGCACUGAGAGGGAGGUGGAGGAUGAGGAAGAUCUGCACAGUGUCAGAGAGGGAGCGCUGAAGAUCACACUGCACAUCCUGAAGAACAUGAACCACACAGAUCUCGCUAUCACACUGCACAACAAGUCUGUGGCCUCUGAGUAUCAGACAGAGCUGAAAUCCAGCCUGAGAGAGAAGUUUAAAAGAAUUAAUGAAGGAAUCUCACAGCAUGGAAGCUCAGCACUUCUGAAUGAGAUCUAUACAGAUCUCUACAUCACAGAGGGUUGGAGUGGAGACGUCAAUAAUGAACAUGAGGUGAGACAGAUUGAGACAGCGUCCAGGAGACCAGCAACACAGGAGACACCCAUCAAAUGUAACGAGCUCUUUAAAGACAAGUCCAUCAGAAGAGUGCUGACUAAAGGAGUUGCUGGAAUUGGAAAAACGGUCUCUGUGCAGAAGUUCAUUCUGGACUGGGCUGAAGGAAAAGCAAAUCAGGACGUCACCUUCAUGUUUCCACUUCCCUUUAGAGAGCUGAAUCUGAUGAAACAGAGAAAUCUCAGUCUGAUGGAGCUUCUUCAUCACUUUUUCCCAGAAAUGAGAAAACUAGAAUUACUAGACUCCUACACAGUGGUGUUGAUCUUUGAUGGUCUGGAUGAGUGUCGACUUCCUCUAAAUUUCCAGAAGAAUGAGAGAUUGUGUGAUGUGACAGAGUCAGCCUCGGUGGAUGUGCUGCUGACAAACCUCAUCAAGGGGAAUCUGCUCCCCUCUGCUCUCCUCUGGAUAACCUCUCGACCAGGAGCAGCCAAUCAGAUCCCUCCUGAGUGUGUACACCAGGUGACAGAGGUACAAGGCUUCAGUGAUCCUCAGAAAGAGGAGUACUUCAUGAAGAGGAUCAGUGAUCAGAGCCUGUCCAAUAAAAUCAUCACACGCAUGAAGUCUUCAAGAAGCCUCUACAUCAUGUGCCACAUCCCAGUCUUCUGCUGGAUCUCAGCCACUGUUCUAGAGAGAAUGUUGGGUGAAGCAGAGAGUGGAGAGGUCCCCAAGACUCUGACUCAAAUGUUCACACACUUCCUGAUCUUUCAGAUCAAACACAAGGACCAAAAGUACCAUCAGAAAUGUGACCCUGAUCCUCAGCAGACCAGAGAGAGUAUCCUGGCACUGGGGAAACUGGCUUUCCAACAUCUGGAGAAAGGAAACCUGAUCUUCUAUGAGGAAGACCUGAGCGAGUGUGGCAUUGAUGUUGGAGAAGUGGCAGUGUACUCAGGAGUGUGUACCCAAAUCUUCAGAGAGGAGUUUGGGCUUCACCUGGGGAAGGUGUUCAGCUUUGUACAUCUGAGUGUUCAGGAGUUUCUGGCUGCUUUAUACACAUUUCUCUGCUUUAUUUUUAGAAAGACAAAUGUGUUAGUGGAGCAACGCACUGGACUUUUCCAUUUCUUCAGCAAGUCAACCAUGUCAGAUUUCCUCAGGAGUGCAGUGGACAAGGCCUUACAGAGUGAGAAUGGACACCUGGACCUGUUCCUCCGCUUCCUUCUGGGUCUCUCACUGGAGUCCAAUCAGACUCUCUUACGAGGCUUAAUGCCCCAGACAGGAAGCAGCUCUCAUAGCAAACAGGAAACAGUCAAGUACAUCAAGGAGAAGAUCAGGGAGAAUCCAUCUCCAGAGAAAUCCAUCAAUCUGUUCCACUGUCUGAAUGAACUGAAUGAUCAUUCUCUAGUGCAGGAAGUACAGACUUACCUGAACAGAGGAGGUGAGCGUCGUCUCAGGGGAACCAAACUCUGUCCUGCUCAGUGGUCAGCUCUGGUGUUUGUGUUACUGAACUCAGAUCAGGAGCUGGAUGUGUUUAAUUUGAGUAAAUAUGACCCAUCAGAGGAAUGUCUUCUGAAGCUGCUGCCAGUGGUCAAAGCCUCCAGAAAAGCUGAGCUGUGGGGGUGUAAUCUGACAGAGGAAAGCUGUAGAGUUCUGUCCUCAGUUCUCAGCUCAAACUCCUCCAGACUGAGAGAACUGAACCUGAGUCACAAUAACCUGCAGGAUUCAGGAGUGAAGCUGCUCUCUGCUGGACUGGAGAAUCCACACUGUACACUGGAGACACUGAGGCUGCGGGAGUGUAAUCUGACAGAGGAAAGCUGUAGAGUUCUGUCCUCAGUUCUCACCUCAAACUCCUCCAGACUGAGAGAACUGGACCUGGGUUACAAUAACCUGCAGGAUUCAGUUCUCACCUCAAAUGCCUCCAGACUGAGAGAACUGGACCUGAGUGAGAAUAAACUCCUGCAGGAUUCAGGAGUGAAGCUGCUCUGUGCUGGACUGGAGAAUCCACACUGUACACUGGAGAUACUGCGGCUGCGGAGGUGUAAUCUGACAGAGGAAAGCUGUAGAGUUCUGUCCUCAGUUCUCAGCUCAAAAUCCUCCAGUCUGAGAGAACUGGAGCUGAGUGAGAAUAAACUCCUGCAGAAUUUAGGAGUGAAGCUGCUCUGUGCUGGACUGGAGAAUCCACACUGUACACUGGAGAUACUGCGGAUGAAUUACUGCAGUAUUACAGAUGAAGGUUAUGCUGCUCUGGCUUCAGCUCUGAAGUCAAACUCCUCAUCACACCUGAGAGAAAUGGAUCUGAACGGUAAUAAUCCAGGAGAAUCAGGAGUGAAGCUGCUCUCUGAUCUACUGAAGGAUCCACACUGUAAACUGGAGACAUUAUGCAUUAACUAUAAUAAACUCACCAGGACUGGUAUAUGACAGGAGUCUCACCUCAAACUCUUCUCCAGGAUAAAGCAGUUUUGGUGAACAGUUAGAACCCGGCCCACAUUUCCAGCAGUUUGGGAGCUGAAUCAUUAAACGUAAAGGGACAGAACAGAUACAAAGCCAAGAACAGGCAGAAGGUCAUACACAGGAGAAAUCAACACACAUAACGAAAUAUCUACUGUAACACCGAAAGUAUUUGACCUCCAUUUAUACCAGUUCCUGAAUGUACUUGGAGACUGUGGUCAUUCACCGUAGGACCAAUUGCCCUGACUCAGUAGCAAUACUACCCCCUGGCACUUUAGUGUAUUGUAAGAAUCAUUUUCAUGGUUGCUGUAAGAUUCAGGAUGUCUGGUGCUCCACUGUGUUUGAGAUUGUGGCCUACAUUGAUGAAGUGGGAACGCUGUAUAAGAUCAGACCACAUGGAGAAGAUGGACCCAUUAAAACUGUCCAUUGCUCAGAACGUAAGCCUGUUCUUACCUGGCAACAAUAUGCCAGGUGAACCAAUGGUCUACUGGCCCUUUCCAACCCCAGGAGUGAGUAGAGCCAGAUGGACCUAGAAUUGGAGAUUAUUCACAAGUGGCCAUAGUCCACACGAGAAUGGGUGUAAGGAACUCUGAGGGUCAAGUCCAUGUUGAUUCUAGUUCUCAGCCCUCAGUGCUUCAGUCUAGUCCAAUUGGGGUACAAAAUGAUUACUGUCUUAUGAGUAUAGGUUCAUCUUUAACGUCUCAACCUCAGGUGACCACACGAGAGCAAGAUUUGAAUUUAGAAACUUCUCUAGAUCUUCAUAUAGCUCAGUCACUUGAUCAGUCAAGAAUGGGUUUAGUUUCUAGGCCAUCCUUUAGGCGUUCUACUUAUGGGACUCCCAGUGUUCACCCGGAUGGUGACCAUUAAAGGCUGAAUUUGGAAAAGUUGGUUGCUCAUGAAAAGCUUUUGCUCAUGCCCACUAGAGGGUGCACUGAUUCUUUAUACACAUCACUUCCUGUCUGUAGAACCAUGUCCAGUGCUUGAAUCCGUUGCUAUACUGUGAUUGUUGGUUGCUGGAAGAACAAGUUCUGUUGACGGCAAAUGUGUGUUAUAAAUGUGCCAACGCCAUUUAUACCUACCUGGACAGGCAAUUAUUUCGGGUGCUUGGUAGUGUGUGGUCAUAAAUUGUCUGCAUCGCAUUGAUUGUGUGUGGGUGUGAAGAUGAUGGAAAAAAAACAACAGUACCAUCAAACCCAUAUGUGCUUGUCGAAUAUACCAUUAUAGAUUUAGUCCCCCUUUGCUGUUAUAAUAACCUCCACUCUUCCAGGUAAUCUUUCCACUAUAUUUUGGAGCAUGGCCUUUGGGAUUUGUGCAUUUGAGCAUGCAUUUCACCUCCUGAAGAGGAGACUAAAGGGGGAAACCCCUCAAAACAAGCAACAUCUGAAAGAAGCUGUGGUAAAAGCCUGGAAUAGCAUCACAAAAGAAGAGUGCAACUAUUUGGUUAUGUCAGUGUAUCGGCGCUUGAUUAUUUAGUGCAAGGAAGGGAUAUGCAACCAAAUCGUGUUAUUUACGUUGGGUUCCUUCAAGACUAUCUGUUCCAAUAUUUUUGCUCACCUCAAAAUGUUCUAAGUUGUUUAACACAUCUAGAUGUAUAUAUCAGGAAAUUAAAGCUUCAAUUUUGA